UUUGCAUGAUGCAAGAUGGCGAAAAGGGCAGUGGAGAGACACCACAUGACUAAAUUGCCUCGUUUUCAGGUUCGAAAAAGAGAGAGAAAGAAUAUGGCCGAUAACUUUGACGAGAGGUCAGGUUUGAUUUUUAGUGAAGCACCUUGGGGAAAAUGGGGACAGACCAUUGAAGAUGUUCAAAUAUUGAUAAAGGUUGACAAAGGAACUGUCUCAAAAGCAAUUAAAUGCAACAUAUAUCCAAAGAAGAUAAGAGUUGUAAUAAAGGAAAAUACCAUUCUUGAGGGGAAUCUCUUUGACAAAGUGGUAGCUGAUGAGUGCAUAUGGACAUUGGAGGAUCGCGAAGACUUGAGGAUAACUCUUGUAAAAGUCAACAAAGAUGCAGCUAAUUGUUGGAAAUCAUUGCUAGAAGACAAAUUUCCUGUUGAUCCAUGGACUUUCAGUGAAAUGGAAAAGAAAAUGGUGCUUGAAAGAUUUCAAAGAGAAAAUCCUGGGUUUGAUUUCAGUAAAUCUGAUGUCUCUGGGAACUUUCAUGGCGGUGGCCCGAGUUUGCCUGGACAGUAAUAAUGAAGAUGGACCAAAGAGCCUGCAUUCUGAAGCUUGAGAAAUAUGACACUUUGGCAAGUCCGAGAACGCUGCAAACAGUACAUACAAUACAAAUCUAAGAUGCGAUUUCACACGACAACUCUCAUAUCUACUAAACGUAUUUCCUUGUGGAGUGUAGCAUCGUAUUUUGAGGUUAUCUUUCUUAAGAUUACUGUUUUCCCAGUACUUUUAGAUCCAAAAUAGUGCAUCCAAAUAGACGAUGGAAGCUCAGCAUAAAGUCUGGACAUGUAAACGGCGGCGGGUAAAAUAAACUGGGGUUCUUGCAACAUUUGUUAAACAAUAAGGCUUGUGACUUUCAAUUGGCAUCACUCACUUAUGCGAUUUUGAUAGCUACUGUAUGUCUCUACAUCACAACAGUAUGCUGUCCCUACCUCCAGAACGAUUUUCUUGAUAAUGAUUUUGAAGUUGUCGUUAGUACUCCUAGAUUUUUUGGCAGUGACUGUACUUGGUUGUGACUGGCAGCGCCAUGCAAAUCAAGAAAGAAGAAGUUUCUUCUUAAUACAGACUACGAAAUUUUGCAAAAAACCAAUCUUUUAAUAAAUAUGAAAUUUUAUUGUGAUAAGAAUACAUCUUAGCAAUUACUCU